AUGUUAUCACAUACAUUUCUGAAAUUCUGAAACUUUUACUUUUAUUCUGUUUUAUUGUGCGGUUCCAUUAAAUAAUAUGUGCAUUACAUUUUUUUAUAUUAAUCCUCGUGCUUCGAAGAAUGAAUACAGGUUAAUAAUAGUUGCUAAUCGCGAUGAAUUUUAUAACCGCAAAUCCAUCCCUGCUCAUUUCUGGGAGGAAGAUAACUCGAUAGUUGGAGGUCGUGACUUAGAAUCCCCUUCACAAGGUACUUGGUUGGCUGCAUCGAAGAAAGGAAAAAUUGGAAUUUUAUUAAACAUCGAUAUUCGAAUACCCAAGUCAGAGGCUAUCAGCAGAGGUGUUUUGGUCAGUGAUUUCCUAAAAGAAGAUUCAAAUGCGCGCGAAUUUUGUCAAAAUUUAAUAAGCAAACAACGCCAGUUCAAUGGAUUCCACCUGUUGCUGUUUGAUUUGAAUUCAAAUGACAUCAGCGCUUUCGUGCAAACUAAUUCUAAAAAAGAUAUAUCAAAAGUUGAAGAAUUGGAGAAAGGGUAUCAUGGUUUCAGUAACAGUCCAGAAUCGCCUUAUAAGAAAGUAAUUUCGGGUAAAACGAAGUUCGAAGGAGUUGUUAACCAGUAUAAUAGCAUCGAUCAGCGUGAUGUGCUACUCAACGAACUUCUAGCUGUGUUAAAAUCAGAAGAAAAACAUUAUCCUGAUGACGUUUUAUUUGAAACCAAAAAAUUGGUAAUGGAUGAACAGUAUAUCGAAAAACUUGGCAGUGUUUUUGUGCGAAUUCCAGAAAAAAGUUAUGGAACCAGAACGCAUACGAUCAUAUUGGUAACGCAAGAGAAUGAAAUCGAUUUCAACGAGUUCACCAUGAAAGAGCCGAUAGAUUUAAACAACGUAGAAUGGAUUCAUUCUUAUUUUCUAGUCAAAUCAACAACUUAAUUAAUUUUUAAAAAUUUUAUACGUCCUUAUAAUAAUAUGAGAAUUUCGUGUGAUUUCAGGCUGUUUAUAUCGAUCAAUGGUUACCUUAUUAAUUUUAAAAUUUUAUUCAUUUCGUAUUUGUUGAAACCAGUUGUUACAUUUGAGUUUUACUUAUUGUUUGUAAAUUAAAACUUUCAUUGGUCCUUUCGGUAAAACUGUAAUUGAAUCGUGAUUUUCAUAGAACUUAAGGCUUGAGUAAAUGGGAACUUAAAAAAAAGAAUUUCAGAAAGAUGAAAGAGCGAUACUCGAUGAGUGAAUUGGUGAUUAAAGCGAAUAAAUUGAUAAAAAUAUUCUGAAAA